AUGGAGCCUUUUCAGCAGUCAUACAAGCUGGAAAGUUACAGGAGGAGAUUAGGAAUUCAGAAUGCUUUUUGUAACAUCUCUGGGAAGAUAUGGGCCUUUGUCAAUGAAGAUUAUCAGGUCACAGUGCUGAUAGAUAGUGUGCAACAGCUUACUUUAAGCCUGCACAAUGUAAAUUCUGAAGAGGAGUUUAUUGUUACACUUGUAUAUGCAAAAUGUGAUAGAAUGGAAAGAAUAGAACUGUGGGAUUCACUUUAUUAUUUGGCAUCUGAUAUGACAUUGCCUUGGCUUGUGGGUGGAGAUUUUAAUGUCAUAUGUGAUGCAGAGGAGAAGUAUGGUGGCCUCCCAGUUUCUUUGCAUGAAGUGGAGGACUUUAGGCACUGCAUAAACACAUGUAACCUCUCAGAUUUGGGCUACAAGGGCAGUGUUUUCACUUGGUGGAAUGGGAGAGGUGCUGAGGAAUGUGUGUUCAAAAGGCUGGACAGGUGCUUGGGCAAUUAUGAGUUUCAGCAGCUUUUCCCAGGUCUGCAGAUAACUCAUUUGAUCAAACAAGGAUCAGAUCACUCCCCUCUAUUCAUAGAAUGCUUGGUUCAGGCUCCAACUGUGACAAAAUCAUUCAAAUUUCUCAAUUUCUGGGUUAAACAUGAAUCAUUCAUACAUACAGUCAAAGCAAACUGGAAAACUGAGGUGCAAGGUAAUGCUUUCAUGAAAUUCAAUUCCAAGCUGAAAAAUAUGAAGAAGGUACUGUCACAAUGGAGUAGAGCAACAUUUGGAGAUUUCUUUCAGACAAUUUCCAAUCUUGAGGAAGUGAUCAAAGUGCAUGAAAGAAUCUUUGAAGAGCAUCCAACUGUACAAAAUAGAGAAAAAUUGAAACAGGUGGAGGCUGAGUUGACUAGAGUAUAUGCCAUAGAGGAGGAAUAUUGGAAACAGAAGGCAGGUAUGGAGUGGUUUCAAGAUGGUGAUAAGAAUUCUAAAUUCUUUCACAACUAUGUCAAUGGUAGGAGGAAAAUGCUUCAGUUGAAGAGGAUUCAAAAUAAUCAAGGGCAGUGGCUAGAGGAUGACAAUGAGAUUGCAGAAGAAGCUUUAAGAUUUUUCCAGGAUCAAUUCCAUCAGCAGCCUGAGAAUAGAGAAUCUUCAAGAUUUGACAUUUUGCAACAUGUUCCUUCUAUGAUCACAUCAGUACAGAAUGAGAAACUAGUUGCAUCUCCUACAAAAGAGGAAGUGAAGUUGGCAGUUUUUGGGCUGAGUAGUACCAGUGCAGGAGGACCUGAUGGCUUCACAGGUUUGUUCUUUCAAACUUGCUGGAAUAUUGUUGGGGAUGACUUAUUCAAUAUGGUAUGGGAUUUUCUAAGAGGUGUUGAUUUGCCAAGAUAUAUCACUCACACAAACCUUGUUCUUCUUCCCAAAAAGAAAGAUGUUCAGACUUUUGGUGACAUGAGACCAAUAAGCCUGAGUAAUUUUGUGAACAAGGUCAUCUCUAGAGUUGUCCAUGAAAGAAUGGUGCAUCUAUUACCAGACCUGAUUUCUCAAAAUCAGGCAGGUUUUGUGAGGGGAAGAAGUAUAGUAGAAAACAUUCUCUUAACUCAAGAAGUAAUAACUGAUAUAAGGCUGAGAACUAACAAAGGCAAAAAGAAUGGAAAUAUUGUGGUGCCUAAUGUUGUCAUGAAACUAGACAUGACAAAGGCCUAUGAUAGGCUGUCAUGGCUGUUUCUCACUAAAGUGUUGAGGAAAAUGGGUUUUUGUGAAAGAUUCAUUGGCCUAAUCCAUGAAUUGAUAGGUAACAAUUGGUACUCAGUCCUUAUAAAUGGCCAGCAACAUGGCUUUUUUCAUUCCACCAGAGGUGUCAAGCAGGGUGAUCCUUUAUCACCAACCUUAUUUAUCUUGGCUGCUGAAGUUCUGUCAAGAGGUUUGAAUGCAGUGUAUGAUAAUUUAUGGUAUACUGGUUUUGGUUUGCCUAAAUGGAGUCCAAAAAUAAACCAUCUGGCAUAUGCAGAUGAUACCAUCAUUUUCACAUCCUCUUGUGAAAUCUCUUUGAAACUGAUAAUGGAUACCUUAACUCAAUAUGAGUUUGCAUCAGGCCAGCUGAUCAACAGGGCAAAAAGUUCAGUUUAUAUGCAUGAUAAAGUGGAUGAGGCAACUUUUCUGAAGGUUGAAAGAGUCACUGGUAUUAAUAGACAUGCCUUCCCUUUAAUAUACUUAGGAUGUCCUAUAUACUAUGGUAGAGCAUGCUUGACUUAUUAUGCUGAUUUGAUCAAUAAAGUAAGGAAUAAGCUUCAGGGAUGGAAAGGCAAACUGUUAUCAUUUGGUGGGAGGGCCAUUUUGUUGGCUCAUGUUUUGCAAGCAAUGCCAAUUCAUCUGCUAUCUGCUAUGGAUGCACCAUCCUUUGUGAUUAAUAAGCUUAACAAGAUCUUUGCUCAGUUCUAUUGGAGCAAUUCUGUGGGAGAAUCUAACAGACAUUGGGCUAAAUGGAGUGAGGUUUGCAUGCCUAAGGAAGAAGGUGGACUUGGGUUUAGAAGACUGGAGGAUAUGUCUAUGGCAUUAUUUUCCAAAUUAUGGUGGAACUUCAGAACCAGGCCUUCAUUAUGGAGUUCAUUUAUGAGUAACAAGUAUUUAAAAAAGCAUAAUCCAAUUCUGGUUCCUUGGACUGAAGGUUCUCAUGUUUGGAGAAAAAUGCUGAGAGCAAGGGAUGCAAUUGAUCAUCUCAUCUGGUGGCAAAUCAGAAUGGGCUCCUCUUUAUUUUGGUUUGAUAAUUGGUCUGGUUUGGGACCACUCUAUUUCAUUACUCCCCCUGAAUUUUACUGUGAUGAGAACAUUAGUAAUGUUACUGAUGUGGUUACAGAAGGCAGGUGGAAUGAGAACAUCUUGAGGAACUGCUUACCUGAGGACAUUGCUGAACACAUAAUGCAUGAAGUACACCCUCCUGGUAACUGUGAUGAUCUGGACAAACCAUGGUGGACACUAGAACCUAGGGGUGAAUUUUCUGUUAAAUCAGCUUGGGAGUACCUAAGGUCUAGAGGCCAGCCUAAGGAGGCAUACAAGAGGAUUUGGGUGAAAGGUUUGCCUUUCAAAAUAGCAUUCUUGAUGUGGAGGGUGUGGCAUUUCAAAAUACCUCUGGAUGAUGUGAUUAGAAGCUGGGGAUAUCAUAUGCCAUCUAAGUGUUUUUGCUGUGCUGAACCUACAGAAGAAUCAGUACCACAUAUUUUUUUGAAAUGCCAAACUGCACAAAAGGUGUGGUCCUAUUUUUCUGCUGCUGCUGGUAUCAACAUUGCAGGCUUGAACUUGCAUCAUGUGAUCAUAAAAUGGUGGACUACUGAUACACUAGCCAGAUUGAAGCCUAUUUUUUAUGCUAUUCCAUCUAUAAUUAUGUGGGAGUUAUGGAAGAAAAGAAAUGGGGACAAGCAUGGGAAUAAGGUCUCUCUUAGCAGAGUCAUAUAUCAAGCUUCAAGCAAUAUCCAAAUGCUGGUUAAAGUAAGAAAACCAGGCAUCACAACUGUUCCUCACAGAUGGUUGGAAACUUUGAAGAUUCUGGAGAAUUUUGUGCCAAAGCUUAAAGUUACAAAAGUCAUGUGGACUGUGCCUGCUGCAGGAAUUUGGAAGUGCAAUACAGAUGGGGCCACUAGAGGGAACCCAGGCAGGAGUGCCUAUGCAUUUUGUGUGAGAAAUUCACAUGGUGACUUGGUUCAUGCAAGGGCCAAAGAAAUGGAGGAAACCACAAACACUGUGUCUGAGGCAAUGGCUUUGCUUUGUGCUGCAAGAUAUUGUUUGGCAAACCAUGUGUACUCCUUCAUUCUUGAAACAGAUUCACUACUGAUGAAAAACAUCCUAGAAAGACAAUGGAAACCUCCAUGGAAUAUUAUUCAUGCAGUAGAAGAGAUCUGGGACAUAAUGGACAAUGCAGAUGUUCAAGUGCUGCACAUAAUGAGGGAAGGAAAUCAAUUAGCAGACCAUCUAGCCAACUAUGCACUGGAUCAUGGUGAAGUAAAUGUAGUCUCUUUUGCAGAACUUGAUUCAACAGCAAGGAGGAUACUCAAUAGUACACAAGUUGCAGGAAACCUGAUACUUUACAAGUUUUCUGGAAAUUUAACUCUUAUUAGUAUCAUUGAUCCUUUUAAAGGAAAUGAUAUAAUACAAUUGGAGUGGAAUUUUCAGUCAUUCCAAGUUAUUCAAAUGCUUGGCACCAAUGAUCCUAUUCACAUAGGAGAUGACAUGGUCAUUUUGGCACAUACACACGAACAUUUACACAUGCAACGAAUCGAUGAGGAAAUGAGGUGGUUUAAUGUUGAGCAAAAUGAAACAAAGGCUGAAGGGCUAUUGCCUUUACAACGAAUCGAUAAAAAUUGUUGGGGCAAAAGUUUGCCGUCUGCCGUUUCCGGCAGAGAAAAUGCAAAGUUCCAGCAGUUUGCCGUUUGCCGUUCCGGCGAUCGAAAAAGCAAAGUUCUUUGUUGUUUGCCGUUCCGGACGAGAAAAAAGGAAAGUUUCUUUGUUUCCGGCGUUAGAAAAGCAAUAAGCACUUGUGCUCAACUGCGGAGAGGAGAUGACGAUAUAUUGGGACUUUUGAUUGCAUUAAAGCGGAAUAGGGGCUUUACGAGAAACAAGGCCGGGUUGCAGAAGUCUUCAACCAUCAGAGGAACAGCAUCAGUGCAUACUAGAUGGGAUUAG